UCCUUACUUUCCUCUUCUUCUUUUUGUGUGUACAAAAUCAAUCAUGUCAGAUUUUUGGUUUUGUAGAAGUAAAUAUGACAGAGCUUGGUAGAAAUAUUGGAUUAUCUGGUCAGUGUUUUCCAGUACGAAGUUUAACACGAAACAAUGCCGCAGAAAAUGGCUACGCCGGUGGUGCAUGGCUUGUGGCUUACAGAGCAGAGCAACGGAGACGUUUUAAAGCAGUUUUAUGUCGUGAACCAGAUGUGGCAUUAUCUGACAAACCGUCGGAGUCAAAGAAAAGCUCUAAAUCAAGAAAAACUAAUGAAGGUGAAACACGAAAAAAGCUUGAUGGAAUAUAUUUGAUGAACGCUUGUUAUAUUAACGAUCCGUUGGACUUAUGCAGUGUCAAUAUUGCAGGGAAAGGCUUAACUUUGGUGAAUGAGGAUGAUUUUUCCAUGUUCAGUAAUGUGAUUCAUAUUGAUGCUGGUGAUAACAAUCUUCAAUUAGUUCAUUUUCGACGGUUUCCAAACUUGAAGACACUAGAACUUCCGUUGAAUAAAAUUUCCGGAACAGUUGUUCUACAAGACAAAGAUUUCGUUUGGUUGGAAACUUUAGAUUUAUCCUGCAAUCAUUUAACCACAAAUGAUGUUUUAGCUCUGGGUGUCUUACCCGCGUUAAAAGUUUUGCAUUUAACAGGAAACCAAUUGAGCGAGUUACCGCCAGAAAUGUGCCGAUCGUUUCCUUUAAAUAAAGGACAAAGGCAGUCUCGUUUUGGAAAUUUGGAGAAAUUGUGGCUUGAUCAAAAUCAUCUUACUGACUUGAACACUUUCACAUGUCUUGCAGGACUUAAACGAUUGAAGUACCUGAAUUUGGAGUACAAUAACAUCGCAUCGGUGCCGCAUUUACGAUUGCUUAAACCUAAGACCAGUAUACUUAGAAGUAACUACAGUCAUGACGUGAUAGACGAGGAAAUUGAUGAUGUCAAUAGUAAGAUUUCCAUCCUUGAAGAAAUCCUAUAUAGUGGUAAAAAUGAUGAAUUGACGGAGAAAGGUGACGUCAUAGAAACAGAAUGUAGCCAAGGGCAUUUCCAAGAUCGCCAUACUUUGCCAUUUCCUUCAUUGCUCCAUCUGAACCUGGCAAACAAUGAGAUCGAAGAAGAAGAAGGCUUGCUAACUCUUUCCACGUGGCCUCGUCUUGAAGAAGUGGUUAUCUGGGGGAACCCAGUGGCAUCAAGAGGUAGAGAGGGACCUCCUAUAGUUAAUUAUCAGCUUGGACUCGUUGCGGGAAUUGAAGUUGCAAGACAUAAACCUUCCAAGAAAGGAAAAGAUUCGUCAAGUCUUUUAUCUCUGACCAAGAAUUCUCCAAGAAAAAUAGCGGAUGUACCGACGAUCAGUCAGACAAGAAAUUUGCUGAUGUUGGAGGGACCAAAACAACACGAUCUUGGAUACUCGAUCAAACCUCUUCCUCCUAUACCGUCUUCUGUCGAAAAUGACAGGCGAGUGGCGUCAGCACCUGCUGGAACACGUGAUGUAGAAGAUGACGAGAGAAGUAACCAAGAAACGUUGCGUUCGUCUGAUGGUGAUCGUUCAACAGGAAAAGAACAAUCUUCGUUUGCAGAUGAUUCAAGUCUCUUGACCCAAAGUCAAAGAGUUGUUUCCCCUGAAGAGAGAGUAUUUCUUACACAGGCUGAAGAAGUUGAAAACGACGAUGUGUUAUUUUAUAAUAACGAACAACAAAAGUCGGGUAUGCCACAGAAAAAAUCUGAGAAAACAGUACCAAAGUCAAAACACCAUAUUUCCAAGAAAUAUCAAGGAUAUGAAGAACUACUAAAUAUAGAUGAACAAUAUUCAGAAGAUAUUGAACUGCCUAAAACAGUACAUGGAAACGUGAGAGCUCUACAAUAUACACUGGACCAUCCACUCACAUUUACACAGCAAUCUGCAAGAUAUCGCGACGAGCAAACUACAAAAGAUAAACAACGAUGGGGUUUAUCUAGGUAUCAGAAUACCCGACCAACAACCGUUGAAGAAUUAGGUUCAAUACUUGAUAAAAUGCGAACUCACACUAAAACUGUCGAGAGUAACCUGGAUAAUGUAUUGAAAGGGAACAAAAGACCAAGGAAUAAAAAGGAAUUGAAAGAAGCCAAGAAGCUACUAAAUGAGGUACAAACGAAAUAUAACGAAGUUCGUUGUGACUCGUUACAAUCAACUAGAGUGGCAGGUGAUAUCUUUCAGAAACAGGGAAUAUCCAUUAAACCUGCAGUAAGAAAAGAUCAUAUUAAAGAUGCAAGUGAGGAGGUGGCAAGUCAUGAAAGUAAGGAAAAAAACACGAACUGAUUUCGCACGAGAACACGAAUUAAUAUAAAGACUAAGCUUGAAGGAGAUGUAGAGGUUAUGAAGGUUAUGAAAUAAAAUUGCAUGCUAACAUACUAUUUGGGUGAAAUAUUCGCACCAUUAUGCGUUUAAAUUAAGCCGAUGAACGAGCCAGUGACUUCUCGAGAGAAUGAAUGACAUUAUGACAGAAUGUACGGUCGUGACCAUGACAUGCGUGUUGACCAUAGCAUGCGAGUCAAAGACAAAUAUUUUGUAUUUUUUUAGUAUAUAUAGCAUUGUACAAAAUGUAUAUAUUAUCAAUUCA